CCGGAAGCCUCAUGCGCUCCAUGCUGCACCGCGCGGAGUCCUUCCUGUUUGAGGAAUUUCAAGGAAGCAGCAGAAACUGGAGUCAGUCGCAAAUGCUGAUGGGUUCAUCUCUGUGAUCUUUGGGAGGGGAAGACCCAUGCUCUCUCAUCUUUCUGCUGCCAUACCGCCCCUGUACAUACUGUGGAUCGCCAUGGCCCAGGUUGCUGGUCAGGAGGACAGAGAGAAAACUACUGCACUCAAAGAUUUGCUGUCAAGAAUAGACUUGGAUGAACUGAUGAAGAAAGAUGAACCUCCUUUUACUUUCCCCAAAACACUGGAGGAGUUUGAAUAUGCCUUUAAUGAAUAUGGCCAGCUGAGACAUAUAAAAACGGGUAAACCCUUUGUGUUCAAUGCCAGAGAGGAUCUCCACCGCUGGAACCAGAAACGCUAUGAAGCUCUUGGAGAGAUCAUCACUCAGUAUGUUUAUGAGCUGUUGGAGAAAAAGUGCAACAUGACUAAAGCAAUCCUGCCAGUGGAUGCUACAGAAGAUGAACCCACCAGUUUUAUCUACCUGAGCCCAGAUGCCUUGUCCAACCCAUCCAAGCUGCUGGUGCUGAUCCAAGGUAGUGGUGUGGUGCGUGCCGGUCAGUGGGCCCGUAGACUAAUCAUCAAUCAGGACCUGGACUCAGGGACGCAGAUUCCUUUCAUUAACAGAGCAAUGGAGGAGGGCUACGGUGUGAUGGUACUCAACCCCAAUGAGAACUACUUGGAAGUGGAAAAGCCAGCAAAGUUCUCUCCCCUGCCUUCUCCUACUGAGCCCUCGGACGAACCUGCUGAGAAGAGGGAGCGCAAGGAUGAUAAAGAGGGCAAAAAGAAGAGAGAGUUUUAUGAGAAAUACCGGAACCCACAGAAAGAGACAGAGACCGAACGGAUUCCGAUACGAGAAAACGGCUCCUCUGAGGAACACGUGCAGUACGUGUGGGACCACUUUGUGUCCAAAGCCGCAGCCAAAAAUGUCUUCAUCGUGGCCCACAGCUAUGGAGGGCUGUCAUUCGUUGAGCUGAUGAAUCAGAGAGAAAUGCAAGUGAAGAACAGAGUGUGUGCGGUGGCUCUGACUGACUCUGCUCACAACAUCUGGCUACAGGAGACCAGCAAAAGCACACAGGACUGGAUGCAGCAGCAUUGUUGUAACUGGGUGUCGAGUCCAGAGCCCUUGGACACACCACUGGAUCCUAUGCUGCCGGACUGCCCCAGAGUCUCUGCAGGCACAGAGAGACAUGAGCUGACCUCCUGGAUGAGUUUCACCUCCAUCUUCAGGUUUUUCAGUGAGGUCCUGGAGGCGAAAGAAGACGAGGAGGCGGAGGAGACCUGCAACACUGUCACCACUCGCAGCAGCUCCCUCAAGAACAAACACCAAGAUUUGUAGGCAAACCAUCAACAGUGACUUGGAACUGGCGGAGAUGUGGGGUGGGGGUGGCGAGGGAUCAGCGGUGGGGUGCAAAAAGGGUCCUGUCUGCUAUUUUUUUCCCCUUUUCUCGCCCUGUUUCUCUGUAACCUCCCACCACCUCUCCUUUCCCACUCUUUUCCCUGAGUGUCAUUUCUCCCUUCCAGCCCUCCCUGGUUUUGCGCACACAUAGCCUUCUUGUUGUAAGAGACAAGAGUACAGGGUCACCGUGUAUACAUCACAAUAACGUUUUGCAUUACUUCUAGUUGAGUGCAACUGUCAAAGCAAUAUGGGCCUGAGUGUUAGCGCUUCCCGUGGGCUGUGGCCUGGCUGCGGGUACAGGCCACAGCAGCAGAGAUUAAGGCUGACAGGCGCUGUGCACAAUGCGCUGUGGUGCACCUCUAAUUGUCCUGACAUCAGCCUGAACUGAGCUAAUGCCCCGCCUGCCCUCCAGUCUCCACUGCUCAGCCUCUCCCUCCUCUCCCUCUUCCCCCCCCGGUCCUAACGCCUGGACUGCUUACCCUGAAAUUAGCUCAUGUGGAACAGCAUGUUCUGGUAAGACUCGGUAUCAUUUAAAUCUGACUAAUGCCUCCUUUUUCCUGCAUCCCAUACCCACCACAGGUUUUAAUAAGACUGAACUCUCUUCACUCAUGACUGUUUGUUUUAACAAAGCAUGUUGUUUUUAGGACCUGUCUUUAUUGUGUGACUCUUCCACACACACAGUCAGCUUUUAAGUUUAACUUUUACUCAUUUAGCUCUGUGAGGGACAUGGCUCUAACCUGCGCCAUGUAUUUCUGGAAUUGCAGUUCUUAUUAAAAGAGAGAUUUGUUUGUUUUUCAACUUUGAGCUAAAUUUGAAGGCAGUGUCUCAUACACACAUUCAGACUAUGUUAUUUUUAAUAUUAAACCAAUGUCUCUCAGAGCAAGUAAGUGAGUGUUUACUUUAGUACAUCUAUGGGUUUGAUUUGCAAAAAGUGUGGAGAGUUCAUUUCUCUGUUUAUUAUAAAUAUAUAUCUUUUUUUCCAGUGUGAUAUCCUUGAAAUUGAUGUCUCUGGAUGAUUGAAUGCGAUGAAACAAAUAAACCAAACACAACCUGUUCUGAAUAUGGAAAAUUCAGGACACUGAGCAUAUUUAAAAUCACUUAAAGUCAAGCAUCAAAAUGGGUUUGAGGGAUAUCUCAUUUUAACAGGAGCCAGAAGUCAGCUCACAACACUCAUAAAACCUCAAUAUAUCGCCUUACACAUGUCAGGAAAUCCAAGAUUUCAAUAUUAUUCUAAGCCGGAAUGAUAUUUCCUUAGAUGUUGGAGAAAUGUAACAUAUCCAUUUUUUUUCUUUCAGCCAAAGUACUCUUCUUGUGUACUUAGAAGUGACAAAGUUAGCUCAAUGCUCAGCUGCACAUAAUCUGACUAUGUGACACAAACAUGGUAAUUUUUUUUUCCAUAAAGCUGAUGUGUUUUAUAAACCACUCGAGGCUUAAUGGAAUACAUUUCUAAUGUGUCAUGACAUUAGUAAAAACUCAAACUGGAUACUAAGUCUUAUGAUACCUUAGACACAUUCUCACAUAUAUACUUCUCUCUCCUUUCUUUUCCUUUACUUCCAACAGUUACCAUUGUUAAACUUGUACACUGUGAAAUCCUGCCUCGUCUGCCCACUGUGUAUGGUUUAAGGCUUUUGUGGAUUAUCUUUCUGCUGUAAUCAGACAAGUGUGGCUGAUGGUUGCAGGCCUAAUUUCCUUUUAAUUUGAUUCAGAUCUCUCCAGGUUUCAGCAAAGAAGUUGGCUUAUUAUUUGAUUUGAUGAGUUUCAUUUCCAGAUACCAUUGCUCAUCUUUCUGCUUUUCAGCUACAAUCAGUUCAUUUUUCACUCUGCAAUUUGUAUAUUGUUGCCUUAGGAAUAAACAAGACUCUGCUCACUGUUUUUAAUAAUAUCCAGCAAGCCAUAUGUGAACAGAACUAACGAUGUAAGAGCAGCCUAAAUCCAAAGCACAGUCUGCAAAUAAAAGUGGACUGUUUUUGCCAAUUGCUCUGGAAGACGCUAUUUUUUGCAGAUGGUUUAUUUGUUCUAAUCGUUUAAGAAACAUGCCUAUGUUGUUUCAUCACAGUACAGGCUUUUGGUUUAUUGAAAGUAUCCUGCCAGGUCACAUACUUUGCUUAUAUUAUCAAAUGUUUUCCUCCUCCUCUUUUGAUCCAUCUCGGGUUUUAAACGACUGUCUUUAAAAAUUAUUUUUAUCGCUUCUGCGACACAGUAAUUACUUUAACAUGAUUUCAUUUUUGUAAUCAACUCAUUAAAGAAAAAAGCAAACAAAACGAAUCUUGCAUCUUGA